CGUUCUUCACUUUGCUCCAGCUUCAACGAGAGCCUUGGCAAUGACUUCUGUCAAUUUGAGAGCUUUCUCUUCCUCGAGUCUUUGACAUACUAACUGAAGCGAGACAGGGGCGCCAACAACUUCAGUUGAAUCAUCUAAGUUCAUCAACAGAUUUUCUUCUCGGUUUCAUUUCGCGGCUCAUAUGCAGGCUUCUUAUCAAGUUGUGAAUCGACAAAACUGACUGGAAAGGUGGUGGCAGAGUAGUCCAUAAUGUUCCACAUCAAGGUGUAUGUAACAUGAUCAUUAAAAGCCAUCCUGCGAUAUCGACUCUGAAUGCAUUGAGACAGGACUUAUAAGCCCGUCGAAAGGACGGCCGGUGCCAGUCACGUCCUUGCUGGCCAACCAGUGCUGCAAAUUCCUCUUGCAGUAGGAAACUCUGUCAGACUGCAUCUCCCAAAGGGCUCCAACAAGUGGAGGGUUCUCUUUUAUAGCGUCAAAGCGUUUGCGAUAACCUGCAAGACCUUCGGGGUAAGGCUCUCCCGAAAGGGCGAGAAUCUGGGCAAUCUUAACUCCACCGUCACCGGUGAAAAACCGGGCACCAAGAGCUGUGGCCUCCUCGGCAUUGUAUCUAGAGCGCUGGUAAAUUUUGAGACCCAUAGUAUAAUAAACUGAUGACCUACGGUGACCACUCGAUAACCUUAUGACCGGCCUUUUCUAAAGCGGCCUUUGUCUCAAGCAAUGCCCGGGUAACAGGCGGUGUAGGCUUCACGAUCCCAUUAUCCAUGAUCAGGCCUGAUGUAUCAUACAUUAGCCUGGUAUCAAUACAACGAACGCCGUCACACACCAAAGCAAAGCUUUUCAGGUACCUCCACGUCCCUCCAAGGGAUAGGAAUCAUGUUGGGAUCCCUGUCCCAAGGCUUAUUGUCUACUACUGCUUUGACCCACAUUCCCACACUUUCCAAUGCAGUGGACAUGGGUCCAUUAAUAGAACGGAUAGCUUCUUGGCCCGGCAGACCGGAGCGCGCACCGUAAGUCGGGAAGCGGCCGAAAGAAGGCUUCAAGCUAUAGAGACCACACAUAGAUGCGGGAAUUCGAAUAGAACCACCAAUGUCUGUACCAACGCCAAGGGGGGAGCCUGCAAUAAUGGAGUGCGGAUCAGCUAAAGUAGAAGAAGACCCGCCAGAAGAGCAGGUGCGGUUGUAGGGGUUGCAUGUAUAACCCCAUACAUUAUUGUAAGAUUCGGCGAUCAUCAUGGCCGUGGGUACGUUGCUACAUUAUUCACCAAAACUGUCAGACCGAUACCAUACAUUCACUGUAAUGGACUUACGUCUUGCAGAAGAGUACAGCACCGCAUUCUCUCAUGACUUGGGUCAUUUCACUCUCUUGUUGCUUCUUGGCAGGAUCAUUGGCCCAGGCGACAAAUCCAACAGUUGUGUCAACGCCUUCGAUGUAAAAGUUGUCUUUGAGAGAAACUGGAAGACCGUGAAGAGGACCAAGAGGGGUCUUGCUCUUGGAAUAUUCGGCAUCGAUGCCAGCAGCAGCUUUGAGCGCUUCUUCAAAGAAGAUUUCAGUGAGACAGUUGGUCUGAACUGUGGUCAGUCCCUGCUUUUGCAUCUCUAAUGGCAGAUAGAGGGGGGGAAAGAAAAGGACGCACGAGCUGCUGGGCAAUAGCUGCACGCUUGCAGAAAGCAAGUGUCACGUCGUAACUACUCAACUCUUCACUAAGGAUUUUUUGGACCAACUUGGGAGCAGGUGUCUCUGUGAUUUCGAUUUCUCCGGGAGAGAGAACACCGCAUGUCUUGGGGAUAUCGAUGACAUUCAGCGCAUCGGUAACUGGGAUGCGCCAUUUCUCAGGGAUAAGGGCGUCUCUGGCAGCCACUUUGGCAGCAGCAAUUUCAGACCACGAGGGGAUAACGUCGAGAGUCAUGGAGCUGGGAGAAUUGUAUGUUAGGAGUAUGUGAAUAGGGAAGGAGCAGGGGGGAAAUAACUUGAAGCAGGGAUCAUUGUGGGUUCUGACAGCCUUUUAUUUAUGAGAACUCUGCCGUCCCAUGAGUGUCGAAGGGUGUUGUUACAGAUAGCCGGUCUUCUCCGAAGGUUGGUGUUUUCCCUACUGCUCCCUUCCCUUCUGUCUAUGGGCCGUGGGUCCUCCCUAUUAGCCUGACGAUAAGAGGUCGCCAGGAUAUUACGUAUAGAUACCCUUGUUUUGAUAAGCGCUGGAAUUUGAUGGAGGAUAUUGAUUGGUCUCUGCGCUCGGCCCGAGAAUUCGCCUAAAAUGAAAGCCGACCUCUUCUCAUCAUUGAUUCCGACGCGAGCCUCUUCCCCUAUACCUCCAUUCUCCCCUCCCCAACACCCGCCACCCUCCUAUUUCCCCUUAUUUACCAUCUUUAUUCCCUGUCUUUGAUCAUAACACGCUCAACAUGUUGACACGCAGUGCUCGCGCUCUCCCUUUCUCCAGGCCCCUCCUGAGGCGAGCUCUCGGUGCACGAGGCUUUUCCACUUCUGACCUUAUUCCCGAUGAGCCCACUGGGCCCAAAAUCGUAACAGAUAAUGUGCCCGGACCAAAGGGUAUAGCCGCUUCGAAGGAAAUCGAUACCUUCCAGGACCCGCGGACGCAUGUUGUAGUGCCAAACUAUGAACUCUCCAAAGGCAAUUACCUUGUUGACGCGGACGGUAACAUUCUACUCGAUGUGUUUGCGCAGAUUUCAUCCAUUGCUUUGGGUUACAACGUACCUGCCUUGUUGGAACUCGGUAAAACUGACCAAUUCGUAAAGGCGGCGCUCAACCGACCUGCUAUCGGCUCAUUCCCACCUGUCCAGUGGGCUGAGUGGAUCAAGACCGGUCUUUUGACGGUAGCUCCCAAGGGCUUGGACCAAUUGGUUACUACUUUAUGUGGCAGCAGUGCAAACGAAACUGCUUUCAAAUGUGCAUUCAUGGCCUACAGGCAGAGGGAGAGAGGUGCUAUCGAUGCUCCUUUCAGCAAAGAGGAAAUGGAGUCUUGCAUGCUCAACCAUUCUCCGGGAAGCCCCGAGCUUUCGGUUCUUUCCUUCAAGUCUGGAUUCCAUGGACGCCUUUUUGGUAGCUUGAGUGCUACCAGGAGUAAGGCAAUCCACAAGAUUGACAUCCCUGCUUUUGACUGGCCCAGUGCACCUUUCCCUUCUUUGAAGUAUCCUCUUGAAGAGCACAUCGCAGAGAAUGAAGCGGAGGAGAAGAGGUGUUUGGAAGAGUACGAGAGGAUUUUGAUUGACAGUAAAUCCACAUCUCCUGUCGCCGCUGUAAUCAUAGAGCCCAUCCUUUCCGAAGGUGGAGAUAAGCACGCAUCUCCUGAAUUCUUCCGCUCUCUUCGCCUUAUUGCGAGGAAGCACGGCGCAUUUUUCAUUGUAGACGAAGUGCAAACCGGUGUUGGUGCCACAGGUACCUUCUGGGCACAUGAGAAAUGGGGCUUGAAAGAGGGGGAGGAACCUGACUUUGUCACCUUUUCCAAGAAGAUGCAGGCUGCGGGUGUUUUCCACAAGAAGGAGACCAGACCGAAUGCGCCCUACAGGAACUACAACACUUGGAUGGGUGACCCCAUCCGAGCACUCCAGGCUCGCAAGAUGAUUCAGUUAAUUGCGGAGAACAACCUCGUUUCUCAUACUGCGGCUACUGGCGGCCUCCUCGCCUCUUCAUUAUCAAGUGUAUUCGCAUCUCCAGCUGCUGCUGGCAAAGUAUUCAACUUCCGAGGGCAAGGUGAAGGCACGUAUCUUGCAUGGGACAUGGCAUCUCCUCAGAUGCGGGAUGCAUUCCUGGGGAAGAUGCGGAAGGCUGGUGUGCAGAUUGGAGGGUGCGGCGACGCGACUGUGCGACUGAGGCCGAUGCUGACGUUUGGGAAGAAGCAUGUGGAGGUGCUGAGUGGAGCGGUGGAGGAUGUGCUGCAGUCUUUGUAGAGUUAAUAAUGCAUGCAUGGCGACGCGCCACUGAGUUAAUGCCG